AUGGAGAAGGAGACCUUGCAUCGGGAUUUGAGUAAAAUGGAAGAUGACAGAAAUCUGUCAAAAGCCCAGCUGAACAAGCAGAAUGAAGACUUACAGAGACUCCGAGAAGAGAAUCGGAGGAAACAGAAGAACAUCGAGGUUCUUCAGAAGGAAAAUGAGCUAAGGAACAUAAAGCUUAAUGGCUUAGAAAAUGAAAUCGAAGAAUGCAAGCUUCAGAAACAGAGGGCUGACGAAAAUUUGCAACAACUGCAACAAUGUAAAGCAGAAUUAGCCGAGAGAAAGGAGGAGCUCAAAGAGCUCAAAGAACAGAAUGUCCAAAAGGACAGAGAAAUCCUGAGACUGGGAGGUGAAUGCUCCCAGAUGCAAGAGGAUAUCAUUUGUCUCUUAAAAAUGGUUCAAAUUUUUGCCGCAGUAAAGGGAAAAGGAAAGGAGCUGAAUGAGAUGACGAGGAGGAAAGUCCAACUCGAAUUCGAACUCGUUGAGAUGAAGGAGGAACGGAAACAGGUUGAGUUUGAAAAGAUGGAGGCAAUCGUGAAAUUGAAGACUCCAAGAAGAAAACGUUGCAAAAGGAUCACAAGAUCAGAUCCUUAG